CGCCUCGGUUUCCUGGUUACGUGCAUGGAAACAGAAAACCAAAGCUUCGCCCGCGACUCCAGCUUCCCCAGAGGGAUUAAAGGGCUGGGCACGCUAUGUGAGACGUGCCAAACCGAGCGCGUCUCAUGGCGGCCGCCGGAGCCCCACCGCUCCGACUCCCGCCCUCCCCGUUGCCGCCCUUCACCGCGCACGCGUGCUGCGGCUCCCGGGGGCCGGACGAUGGCCCCGCCCCGAGGUGGGUGGGCCUUCCCCUCGGCGGCUGGCGAAUCGGCCGGCGGGUCCGCGCUUGCUCCUCCCCUCUCCCCUUCGGUCUCCCCGGGUUCCGGGUUGCACGUGGCAGUGUUUGUGCUUCCCGGAUCGCUAGCGAGAGUGACAGCGGACAGACCGCCGGGCGCGGCGGAGUCAGCUUCGUCAGGGUUGGAAGGUUUGGGGAGCAGGAAGCUUUUCAACCCAGAGACAGCGCAGGACUGGAGAAAGGGUGCGGGAUCUGUUUUCUCCCCGCAGGUGGACAGUCUGAAGCAUUUGCUGGAGACGGGGGCUUCGGUCAACGCACCCCCAGAUCCUUGUGAGCAGUCACCUGUCCACUUAGCCGCAGGUGGCGGCCUUGCUCACUUUCUUCUCUGGCAGCUGCAAACCGGCGCUGACCUCAACCAACAGGAUGUUUUGGGAGAAGCUCCGCUACACAAGGCUGCCAGGGUUGGAAGCCUGGAAUGCCUUAGCCUGCUUGUAGCCAAUGAUGCCCAAAUUGAUUUAUGUAACAAAAAUGGGCAAACAGCUGAAGAUCUUGCUUGGUCAUGUGGAUUUCUGGAAUGUGCCAAAUUUCUUACAACAAUUAAAUCUAUGCAGACAAUAAAAUCAAAUGAACAACCCAACAAGGAUCAUUGUGUUCCAGUGCUCAGACAAAAACGAAGGUUUGGAAACGUGGAAUGUACAAACGGGAAAAGGAAGUGUUGGUAA